GCGGGCCUAUCGCGAGCUUGAGGGGACAGGCAUUUAGAAAACUACGCUACGCAGGCGUGGACAGGUCAGCCGGGCUAGUAUCCUCUGUGAGGUCUCCGUUCCAACGCCGUCCCAGCCUGGAACCUGCAACCAGGAUGGGCCGGAAAGUGACCGUGGCUACCUGUGCACUCAAUCAAUGGGCCCUGGACUUUGAGGGCAAUUUCCAGAGGAUUUUAAAGAGUAUUCAAAUUGCCAAAGGCAAAGGUGCGAGAUACAGGCUUGGACCGGAACUAGAAAUAUGCGGCUAUGGAUGUUGGGAUCACUAUCAUGAGUCAGACACUCUCUUGCACUCGCUCCAAGUUCUGGCUGCUCUUCUGGAUGCUCCGGCCACUCAGGACAUCAUCUGUGACGUGGGGAUGCCUAUAAUGCACCGGAAUGUUCGUUACAACUGCAGAGUCAUCUUUCUCAACAGGAAGAUUCUGCUCAUCAGACCCAAGAUGGCCUUGGCCAAUGAAGGCAACUACAGGGAACUGCGCUGGUUCACCCCCUGGGCCAGGAGCCGACAAACUGAGGAAUAUGUCCUCCCUCGGAUGUUACAGGACCUGACAAAGCAGAAAACUGUGCCCUUUGGAGAUGUGGUACUGGCCACCCAGGACACCUGUAUUGGGAGUGAGAUCUGUGAGGAGCUCUGGACGCCAUGCAGCCCCCACGUCAACAUGGGCCUGGAUGGUGUGGAAAUCAUCACCAAUGCCUCGGGCAGCCACCACGUGCUACGAAAAGCCCAUACCAGAGUGGAUCUGGUAACCAUGGCUACCUCCAAGAAUGGUGGCAUCUACCUGCUAGCCAAUCAGAAGGGCUGUGACGGUGACCGACUCUACUAUGAUGGCUGUGCCAUGAUUGCGAUGAAUGGGAGCAUCUUUGCCCAGGGAACCCAGUUCUCAUUGGAUGAUGUGGAGGUUCUCACUGCCACGCUGGACCUGGAGGACGUCAGGAGCUACAGGGCAGAGAUCUCAUCACGGAACCUGGAGGCAACCAGAGUGAACCCAUACCCCCGGGUAACAGUGGACUUUGCCCUUUCGGUCAGUGAAGACUUGUUGGAGCCAGUGUCAGAGCCUGUGGAGUGGACAUACCACAGGCCUGAGGAGGAGAUAAGCCUCGGGCCUGCCUGCUGGCUCUGGGACUUCCUUCGACGGAGCAAUCAGGCCGGGUUUUUCCUGCCCCUGAGUGGCGGUGUGGACAGUGCAGCCAGCGCCUGCGUCGUCUACUCCAUGUGCUGCCUGGUCUGUGAGGCUGUGAAGAGCGGAAAUCAGCAAGUGCUGACAGACGUCCAAAACCUGGUGGACGAGAGCAGCUACACCCCUCAGGAUCCCCGGGAGCUCUGCGGACGGCUGCUCACUACUUGCUACAUGGCCAGUGAGAACUCCUCCCAGGAGACCCACAACAGGGCCACAAAACUGGCUCAGCAGAUUGGAAGCUACCACAUCAGUCUGAACAUCGACCCUGCUGUGAAGGCCAUCUUGGGCAUCUUCAGCCUGGUGACUGGGAAGUUCCCUCGGUUCUCAGCACAUGGAGGGAGCAGCAGGGAGAACCUGGCCCUGCAGAAUGUGCAGGCUCGGAUUAGGAUGGUCCUUGCCUACCUGUUUGCUCAGCUGAGCCUCUGGUCUCGGGGUGCUCGAGGAAGUCUUCUUGUGCUUGGAUCUGCCAAUGUAGAUGAGAGGUACAAUCCACCCAACCUCUGACCCAGCAGUGGAGACUGGUAGAUCCCUUUUCCAGGCUCGGCUUUCCCACUUUCUUUGGGUGAGCCACCACGCCUCCUAACUGUUCCCACGUGCUCCUCAUUAGCUGAGGAAUUUUAAAACAUCAUGUAUUUAUUGAUUAGUCUUCUUGUCUGUCUAGUCAUGAGUCUUCCAUCUGUUCAUCCAUUACUCUGACCACCCAUCCAUCCACCUACACACACAUAUAUACAUCAUACAUACAUACAUACAUGCAUACACUCCCACCCAGCUAUCUAUCCAUAAAUACAUACAUGCAUCCACCCAUACAUACACCCCAUCCCAAUCCAUCCACCCAUCCAUACAUCCACCUACCUGUCCAUUCACCUAUACAUCCGUAUAUCCAUCCACCUAUUCCUCCAUACAUCCACACACCCAUGCAUGCAUGCAUGCAUACAUACAUACAUACAACCUCAAUCAUCUAUCUAUACAUCUACCCACCCACAUAUACAUACACCACUCUAGACAUUUACAGUUUGGUUUGGUUUGACUUUGAGACAGCUUCUUACAAUGAAGUACAUGAAGGUGGCUUCAAACUUACUAUGUAACCCAGACUGCCUUCAAAACUGGAAGCAAUCCUCCUGCCUCUGAGAACUGGGACUAUAGGAUUGUAUCACCAUACCUAGCAGGUUUUGUGUAUGUAUCUGUGUGUGUGUGUGUGUGUGUGUGUGUGUGUGUGUGUGUGUGUGUCUGUGUGUCUGUUUGUGUGUGUGUGUCUAUGUGCCUGUGUGUGUGUGUGUGUGUGUGUGUGUAGUCAGCAUGUGCAGUGGCAUGUUUUUGGAGAUCAGAGGACAACUUCUGAUGUCAGUCCUCAUCUUUUACCUUGUGUGAGGCAGGCUGUCAUUGUUCACUACUGUGUACUCCAGGCUAGCUGCCCUCCAAGGUCCUGGGAAUUCUGUCCCCACAGGAGUGCUGGGAUCACAGAUGGAUCCACUGUGUUCAGCUUUAUGUGGGUGCUGGGGAUCUGAACUAAGGUCCCCGUGCUUUACCUACAGGGCCAUUCCCCAGAGCCCAAGACUGCUCUUUUUCACCAAUGAGGGUGGGGUUGAGAAGAGGAGACAGGAGUAUGAUUGGGUUGCCGUCCCUCUGCAGUGGCACCCAGCUUUGGUUUUUUUUUGGGGGGGGGUGUUUGUUUGGUUUUUUUGUUUUGUUUUGUUUUGUUUUUGUUUUUUUGCCAAAGAUUUUUUUUUUCUAAGAGAUGGCGCCAAGGGAAGCAGUGAGUCAGGAGCUUGAAGAGAGACGAUGAGCACAGCCAGGAGGAUGAUGGGUAGUGCCCGUGGCAUCUUGGGCCCAUUAAGUCCCAGGAGUGCUUUUGAUGACUUGCUAGAGGACUUGGACUUGAUUUAGAGUCAUCCUUGGGCUGGGGCCCUCUACUGCAAACAGACUGGAAGUGGGGUCAAGUCAGGACAGAGCAGCCUGGCACCGCUGCCCCGCUCCAGAGCCACCUCCUGGGCAGCUUCCCACUCAGUAUUUGGGGAGCAGGUAAACCCAGGCUGUCAGGUACCUUCUGCUGACAGAAAUCUCACCUCCCGGGAGAAAUGCAGGGCUUCAGCACAAUCCAGUAAUUUAUACACAGAACUUGGGCCCAGGAACCUCCAUCAGGGAGGGACGGGGAGCCCAUGAGCCUGGGUUUCCAACAUUAGCCAGGCCACUUGGUGGCUGCCUUCUGAAAGAAGGCUGUUGUCCCAAGCCUGUGGAUGACUCAU